ACUACAAAACCACUUUUUUUUUCUGAUCGUUGCCAUCGAACCGUGCUGCCGGUACCUUGAUAUCCGUAAUACUCUUUUUUCCAAAACAGAGAGUCACAGCACUUAAGACAAGUCAAUCUCUGAAGACGAACCGCAUACCCCGGAAGAGCUUGACAGGAGGAUAAAGGGAUUGGAGAGCGCAAGAGGAACCACAGAACUCAAGGGCAAAAAAGAAAACAGAAAAAGAUGGCAACCAGACACCACCACACCACCAGCGGCGGAAUCGGCAACCGACGAGCGUCCCGCAAUGCGGCCUUCCAGGAAAAGAUGCGCCAGAUGCGUCUCCCGCUGGCCCCCCUCGUCCAAAUGUCGACGGGCGCCGUCCACCCGGCCUUCCCCGCGACGCUGCUCAACUUUUGGCUCCUCACCGAGGACCAGCUCGACGACCUGGCGCGCUUCUACCACCAGCGCAACCCCUCGCCCUGGUCCGGACAGUACCCCUGCCCCAUCACCUGGCAGUCGGGCCUCACCCUCGAGGAGAAGCGCAGGAAGAUUGGCAAGUUUAUCGGUCUUAGAGGCUGUGAGACUCCCAUUCGGAUACGCAUCAAGACUGAGGAGCAAAUCAUAGAGGAGGCGCGGCAGGCGAGAUUAGCGGAGGACGAUGAGGCUCUGAGAAGAAAGAUGCCGUGGUACUCAUGAUCUUCGAGACCGCGAGGGUUGCCAUUUGAUGUUUUGGGUUCAUCCUUCUUCUCGAUUUUCUUGCUUUCUUGCAUGGCAUUGCGUUGAUAUCACAGGGCAUUUUCAGGCGUUGGUGG